UUUAAGAUACUACAAGUUUACGAAACUACCGCAAAAACUGCCAACGCUUCUGGUUGACCAACAUAUGGCAGUUCUAGUGUAACCAUUAUAGAAAAAUGUUGAACAUGAUAUUCGCUCUAAGUAUUUUACUUUUAUCAUCCACUGUGUUCUCUUACAACGUGCCCAGCGAGAUUCACGAAGAUUGGGUAGAAGUAGUCAAUCGCAUUAAAAUGGAGUGUUUAGAACAAGGGAACACAACCUUGGAAGCAGUUAAUGCGAUCUAUGAAACGUGGGAUAUAGACGAAUCGCAUAAUUGCUUUCUGAAGUGCGUGUAUGAAAAAGAUCAAUAUAUAGAUACGGAAGGACAUUUUACUAAAGCACUUCUUCAACGUAAGGGUUUAACUAAGGAAAAUGUAAAAGACUGUGAACAUGCAGUAGAGGCUUACAACAAAGAAACAUGCGAUAGGGUAUAUUAUUUUAACAAAUGUAUCAUUCCUAGAGCAAUAGACGAUUUUAUUCACUCAACGAAAGAUGCAGCUUAAUAAUGAAAAAAUAAUAAUAUUGUAAUACGCAAUAAAGUUAAUACUUCUAGAAUAGCAACAAGCUGUUUUUGUUCAUGAUGAAUAAACGAUAAAAGUUG